CUGUGUCAAUCUGCACGGUCUUAAUAGCAUUAGUUACUCAGUUUCUGGUUUUUGUCCUCUUUUUCUCCUCCGUGAUUUGAUUUAUGAAUAUUCUAUGAAGUAUUUGUAUAAUCUGGAACAAAAAUGAUUUCCCCAAAAGACGUCCUGAGAAAAGAUCUGAGGACAGUCAGUGGCUGUCUCAUCACCUAUGCUUUUGCAGACAACUGGGAAAAGGUUGAACAUUUCCAAAGCAGGCCAGAUGACAUCGUGAUAGCCACCUACCCCAAAUCAGGUACCACUUGGAUAAGUGAAAUUUUGGACAUGAUUCUAAACGAUGGAGAUAUUGAAAAGUGUAAGCGAGAUUUUAUAACUGUUAAAGUUCCGAUGUUGGAAAUGGCUGUGCCUGGACUAAGAAUUUCAGGUAUAGAACAAUUAGAGAAGAAUCCAUCACCCCGGCUUGUGAAGACACAUCUACCAGUUGAUCUCCUUCCGAAGUCUUUCUUGGAAAACAACUGCAAGAUCAUUUACUUGGCUCGAAAUGCCAAAGAUGUUGCUGUCUCUUUUUACCAUUUUGACUUAAUGAAUAAUUUGCAACCUCUUCCAGGAACCUGGGAAGAAUAUCUAGAGAAAUUCUUGGCUGGAAAUGUGGCUUAUGGUUCCUGGUUUAAUCAUGUUAAAAGCUGGUGGAAGAAAAAGGAAGAACACCCAAUACUUUUCUUACUCUAUGAAGAUGUGAAAAAGAAUCCAAAGCAAGAAAUUAAGAAGAUGGUUAGAUUUCUAGAGAAGAACCUGAAUGAUGAAAUCUUGGAUAAGAUCAUCUACCAUACUUCAUUUGAAAUGAUGAAGGACAACCCUCUGGUGAAUUAUACACAUCUACCCAGCACAGUGAUGGAUCACAGCAAAUCCCCUUUCAUGCGCAAAGGGACUGCAGGUGACUGGAAGAAUUACUUCACAGUGGCCCAAAAUGAGAAAUUUGAUGCUAUCUAUAAAAAGGAAAUGUCUGAAAUUGAACUUCAAUUCUGCACAGAGAUUUAACAACCUAAACUGAAAAUGUGAAGAAAAGAAACCUGCCUGCAUUUUGUUGAAACAGGGGCAGUUAUGACUUGGACAAUCAAAUGGUU